AUGGCGACAAGAGCUGCACACGUCACCGCCGCACUCGGGCCCUGCAGUUUGGCUUUGGAAGUAGCAUACCUGCGAGUCGUCGUCGAUGUCCAGUAUGAACCUUUUCCAUCGUUUAGAGCAACAGCAACAGUGCGCGUCAAAGAGAACAAAAGCAUUGGUAUUUCGGCGAGGCUUGUCGAUGAUGCGAGAUGA